GAAGGUGGUAAAAAAAAACAUAUAAAUGAUCAAAAUUGAUAUUACAAUCAAACAUUUAAUUCAAUUUCAAACUUUUAACCCCGAUUAACUGCAGAUCAUUAAAUCUAUAAAAAUAUGUUUGCUUAAACUAAAAAUUAAAAAUUUAUGUAUUCUCUGUUGGCGUUGGAAACAAACUUUGUUUUUACAGUUUAUAAAAAAUAUAUUAGGCACUAUGAGAAGAACUGACUAAAAUCAUAUAUAUUUUUGUUGGUCGAUAGACAAUAAAAUGCAAGCUAUAAGCGUGGUAGAUAAUAACCAAAGAACACAUGCUCUUUUAAUCCCAAAGGAUGAAUGGAUACGACUAAAAAAGAUUUUGAUCAAAAAGGAUGAUGAUAUAGCUACAAUUGAGAUGAUGAAGCGAUUAAAAGACGAACGGCAAGCUACAUCCAAAGCCAUAUCUGAAUCGUGGGACACCACUGUACUGAACAAAAGAAAGAAAGAACUAGAAAACAGACAAAAGUUAUUAGCAAGUAAUGAAGCAAGACAACUUAAAAGAGACGAAAUUAUGAAACUCGAGAUUUUGGAGCGCAGAAAUGCCAUUGUAGAAAAGGCGCGGUUGAAGAAAUGGUCGGACAGAGAUUCGACAAAAGCGCUCACCAGAGCAGUGCACAAGAUGGAGGUGCUUAGAGAGAGAUCUAUUCAAAUUAUAUUCAAUGAGGCUCAGAGAGCGAAGGAACUUGAAGCAGAUCGUUUGUUAAAGAUGGAACAAAAUUUAGAUGCUGAACGAUAUAAGACGGAUCAAUGGGAACAGAAAUUGAAACUAGCUGAAACGAAAAAAGCUAAUGCUGCUAUUUUCCUAAAAGAAUUGAAAGAACGAGAGAAUAUAAAGCGUGACGAUGAUAUUAAAUUAAGAGAAGAAGGUAAAGCUGAAUUACAAAGAAUCGCAAAUGAAAUUUUUUCGAAGUUGUAG